ACUUCAAAUGUGUGAUUUUAUUUCGAAACGAUAUUAACAAGUGCAUCAAUCAUUUUAUAAAAGCACUUGAUGGUCUUGUACUUUACAUAAGUGGCUAGUUUCUCUACGUCAUUAUAUAAUUAAGUCUUGCAAAUUGUUACCUUGAGGUUAUGAAAAGUGUUAUGGAAAGUAAUCUCAGAAUAGAUGAUUCGAAAUAUUUUACAAUAUUUAUAAAUUUGAUUAAAACGAUUGAUUAAAACAUCACAAAAAAGAAGUUUAUGUUUAGAGUUCGUUAUUCUGAUAAGAUUGACACAUAAAUACAGCAACAGAGUAAUAAUAUCAGGAGGAUUUACUUGUAUAAGAGCACACAUGUAAAUAUACUACGUAGUUAAAGCACGAUUACGAGUAAUGAACUUGUUGCUAUUUUAUUUCAUGCGUUUUUUUAAUUAUAAGAAAAUUUGUAGAAUUGGCUUUUAGAUUAUUACAGAUCAUGAUUAAUACGAUUAUCUUUGAAUCGUGCUUUCUGAUACAAUUUUUGCGAUAAGACUGUUGAAUAUUGUAAAAAUGAAUAUUGUAAAAAAAUUUUUUUAACGUUGAUAUCGUGGCUUAUCUCUGCUGUGAUUCGUGUGAGUGCAUUCGCGGCGCGCACCACACACUCGCUUGUCCAUGCGAGGCAUGAAAUACGCACGGGACGUGUUCGUUUCAUCAGUCGAUCGCGGUACGGGGACUUGGUAUGCUCAGAGUGAAGAAAUCGCAGAAUAAAAUUAUCAUAGAAAUGCAAUCGCGACAACGCAAUACAUCAUCUGGUAGUCAGCUGCUAUACUUUGGCGCGAAAAUAUUCAUUUUUGCGAUCAUCUGCAAUGAAUUUAUGGGACAAGUUAGCAGUCAGUUUCAUGGCAAUCCGGAUGGCAUAGUCUUCCCUGGACCAAUAAACUCGAGAUCGAGGAGCAGAUCUGUUAAUGAACCCACGGAGGGCUCCGCAGAUGACAACGAUUCACCGGUACCGCUCAGUUUAGCAGCUAGAUUAAAUUCCAUAGAAACAACGGAUGAAUUCCUGCAGUUACUUCAAGGUGUUCCAGGGAACCAAAAAAUAGACCCUUUCUUCAUCAGUCCCAGUAGAUUCGGCGAAGGCGAGGAACGAUCUAGUGCGAUAAGACCAGCGCCGGCCAGAUGCAUGCCCGAGCUGCAACCUGUUUCUUUAAAGCUGGACGACGAUCCUACGACGAUUAUCUUCCCGUCUUGCACACGAAUCAAAAGAUGCGGCGGAUGUUGUGGUAGCUCUCUGCUCUCGUGCCAACCAACAGCGAUGGAGAUCCGAAACUUUGAGGUGAUCGUGUCGUCGGUGUCACUGAAUUACAAAGGCCGACAAAUCGUGCCGCUGGAGGAGCACACUAAGUGCAAAUGCAACUGCAGAAUCAAGGAGGAGCAUUGCAACGAUAAGCAGUAUUACGAGGCAAACGGCUGCAAAUGCGUCUGCAACAACAUCGACGAGGCGGAAAAGUGCCGAAAAGGCAAUGAUACGAAGAUUUGGAACUCAGAACUCUGCGCCUGCUCGUGCAAGAUCGUCGAGCCGUGUAGCACCGGAUACUACUUCAAUCACAACACGUGCAGUUGUGGACCGAUAAUGUCUAGGCCAAUGAACAGAUUUACAACCACAAAAGGUUCUAAUUAUAAUUUCUCUAACCGUCGACCAGCAAAUGUACCGCCUGUAAUAGUCCCAUUGGACCCAUCGGAUCCAAGAAGAAAACCCAAGGAGGAUCCAGAAUACAAGUGACAAGGAUUUAGACAAGGACACACAAAUUACAAGACUGCUAAAACCUAUCCACAGUCACUGUGCUAGUUUUUUUGUUACAUAGGCGAAACUUUCAUUAAUUGAUGCCUUGAAACUGGAACAACAAAUCUUAUUCCUUGAGUUGUUGCAAUUUCACUUAAAAUGUCAAAUACAUUGUGAAAUCUGUAACUUUCAAAUUGAUGCGUUUGCAUAAAACAGUAACAAGUAAUGCUACUCUGCAGUUUAAAAAGUAAAAAAACAAUACUGCAUUCAUAACAUUACAUUUGAUCUUUUUACUUUUAAAUUAUAGAAUGAUAUUAGCUUUCCUAGUUUCAAGGUAUCGUCUUGUUAAACUAUUAUGUAUGAUGUUUAGAUAAGGUCAAGUAAUAUUGUGAUAUAGUAAAAAAAUAAUCAUUUCCUGUAUAAAACAAAAAGUUUACACAACGUUGUUCACAACAUUAUAUGAACGUUUAUUCAAUGCUGAAACACGGUGAAACAUUGUAUGACUUCCAUAUAACAUUUAAAUUUUCAGAUUAAGUACAUAAGUAGUACAUAAAAUGUCGACUUUUUAACAUCACUUUCUGUGAAUAUUUGGACGUUGUCCCAACAUUGCAAAAACAUCAAGUUCUAUACAGGCUAUAAAUACUUGACAAUGUUAUUUAUGUCAUGUAAAAUUCAUUGUCACAAUGACUACAAAAAUUGGUCAUUAUUUGAUUCAAUCUAUCACAUAUGAUAGACAUGACAAUAAAUUCAUGAUAUAACAUCUAAAACAUUAAUUGUAAGACAUAUGUUUGUUAAUUAUACCUAUAAUUAUAAGUAUUUAUAUCAAAAUUCGUCAUAUUAAUAAAUAAAGUUCUUAAUUUUAAACA